ACGUGUGCUUUUAAAUUCUAAAGACCAUCUAUUGAAUUCUGAUCCUUGGAACUUUAUUUUCAACUCAUACAUAAGAUCUUACAUUUAUUACCUACCCAAUGGUAUACUGAACAAAUUUAACCGGCAAAAUAAACAAUUAACGAAACAAUUAACGAAUCUAGUUGACUAUGAUCAUUCUAACACGCAAACCACCCCUGUCCAGGAUUGCGGGAGUAUGGCUAUUGCUUCCUUUUCUGAUUGUUGGGGUGUAUGGAAGAAUUACAUUGGAGAGUGUGCAAAACCUUACCGAGGUCACGAGGGAGUGUACGGGGAGCGUUGGAGAUUUGGGUGGGAGUGAGGGGUGGGAGGGGGCAGGAGGAGGGCAGAUAGUUUUGGAUGGCGGAGAUGGGAAUGGAGAUGGAGAUGAGAUUGAGGAUGUGAGUUUGUUUCUUAUUUUCUUGGGUUCCGUGGCUUGGGUUUCGUAAUGCAUUGUGUAUGGGACAGCGGGCGGUAUAUCUAUACACACACGCGCGUGUGUGUGCGUUGCUGCAAAGUGAGUACACCAGUACUAACCAAUAUCUCACUGUCCACAGACAAUUACAGCAGCUCUACACAUGCUCUGUUCAGACCUAUUAAUGGAGUUGGAAAAGCCGCUAUUAUCUUCUCAUAUCGCCCCUGAAGACACAUUGGUGUGUUACCUCUCUCCUCCCUUUGGGUGUCCAAGGUUUCUUUGCUAAUUUCAAUGCACAAGUAGACACAACUUAAUUGCUCAAAUGUUAAAAAGGAUUUUGAUGAGUUUUUAAAGGAAACAACGUGGUUUCUUUAUGAGAUUCAGGAACGUCAGAUGGAGUGGAGAUGGGGUGGUGGAAGUGCGGUUAAAGGGGGAUUGGAGUGGUUGCAAGGGCUUUGGGCUAGUAGGAGAGCGGUAUGUUGUUUUCUUUGAUUUUCUUUGCUUGCUUCUUGCCUCAUGGUUCUUUUUUAACAGAGAGUGCGGAUUAUAUGCGUGAAUUUUUGAGGAAGUUGGGCAAUGGGAAGAUGUAGUGAAAAAGGGCAGCCGGAGAGAUUUAUGCUGAUGGUUAUUAUAGAAUUCACAAGAUAGGAGUUUUAUUGAGCAGCAAAUGGAGUUGUAUAGGGACACGAAAUGCUUUGCGAAAUUGAAUAGAGAGGUGCUGAGGAAAGAUAUUGAGGUUGUGGAGUACUUGAAUGAUUUGAUUGACAUGUUUUGGUGAAGACAGAGAGGCUGGAUGAAGACCCAGAAGGGACACGGCGGGAGCUGGGUGGAGAGCGAUGAUUGGUAGGUUGGAGGGAAGUAUUUGGGAGUAGACAUUCAAACGAGGGGACGCAAAAUUGUUUAACUAAGAGAAUAACUCGGGAAAUAGGCGCGAUGCGCUGACGGAGGUAAAUUGGGAAGGGCAAAUUUGAAAACAGCGAGUGUGGAAGGUGCAUAAAUAGCACAUUCGCGACACUUUGUAGCAAUUCUUUGUUCUAUGAGUAAUGUAAAUGUCAUUGGGCGAUACGUAAAC